CUUUGCGAGUCUUUUGGCUAGAUCUCCUUCUCUGUUGCAGAUGUAAUAUCAACACCGCCAUGGGGCCUGUCCAAUCGUUUCUCUCAGCAGCCCCUGGUCUGCACUGAUGCAAGGGUCUGGGGACCACUGCAUGAAAGCCCCAUGGCCGAUCGAGUUUGACUUGAACUUCGCGAGGCCGCUUGUGACAGGCCAAUCUUGACGAGCAUCUCAGCAGACCACGCGCCAGGCAUCUUUCUCUUCAUCCUCUUAGUCCCCCGUUUCGAAAGUCGGGCUGACCAUUUCCUCCAUCCUUCAUGUCCACUUUCCGCGUCUCAGCCUUCCAAGAUGCCUUGUGGUCCCAUUUCUGCCUGUCAACUAGCUAGUUGGUGUCUGGUAGGCAUCGAGUAGCUUUCAGUUUGAUUAGCGGCCUCUGGCAUCGAAGGCACAACCAGGCUUCAGCCUCAACUAUGGGGAGGAAACGGCGAGAAAGCGGCUACAGCCAAAGCAAUCGACGUGCUCGCUCGCUCCGCCCGAAUAUCCCUCUUCAGGGCGGUGUCGAUCAUCUUCAACCGAAUCACAUCACUCAGUCAGCAUUCGCUCAACCACCACAGCAACAUACCUGGGGUCCUUCAGCCGAGCAUCGGGCGUUUGUACCGUUUAAUGCCUGGCCGACACCGGCGGUCGCCGAUGCUAGCAAUGCGGAUUCCUUGGAUGUGUUGACGGGUCACAACGUGAGCCUUGCGCAGACGGCAACAGCAGAAAACGGGCUAAACCACGAAAAUGGACGGACGAUAUCUCCUGUCGUCAAUACACCGAGCGGCUCAACAGCGUCUCUCCAUGAUUACGACCAUGGCCAACAGAUCGGACCAGCUGUUCGGACUUUCGAACAUAUGCACCCUUCUUCGAUGACAGAGUAUGAAAUUACAGGAAUCGACAAUCGAGACCCCGAAAACAUUGCCAAUAGCUUUCCCACACAACCUAGACCCAGGUUCAUUGUGCCUCCCCAUACACACACCACGCAUUUCCAAGCAAACGUCCAUAACGCACCACCAUGGGACCCUAUCAGACCGCUCAACAUAAGUGUUUCGACAAUGGAUGUAACGAUGCAUGAUGUCUCUAACACUUUGGGCGGUCCGUCAGGACGAGAGAGGAUUGGAGGCCGGAGAGGACCAUUAUCCCCGGAACAGAAACAACAGGCGGGUGAUGUACGACGUGUUCGAGCUUGUCUCCGUUGUAUGGUCACUAGAGAAAAGUGCGAUCUGGGGAUACCCUGCAACUCCUGUAAUAGCAAAGAUCGGCGAAAGUUCCCACAGCACUGUAUACGUAAGACGUUCUCUUGGGAAGACCGCCUGCUCCAUUAUUUCCCUGAAGAGUUAACGGGGCAUCUCCAGACAAAAAGGGUAUUCACCGAAAUCACCGAGUCCACGUUUCAAGUUCUACCUUCGCCGAUCCUUCAGGUGCGGCUGAACCUUUACAUCAAUAAGAAAAUUACCGUCAAAGUCAGGGAGUUCCAUCCCUUGGGUCCACCAACCCGUAGUGCUCACCGCAUGGUACGAGAUGCAAAUGGAAACAAGACAUACCAGCGGCUUGAUGUUUGGGAUCCCCCCAUCAUCAUGUUGGUACCACUGGGUAAGCUUAAAGAGGUCAUGGAAAGAACUAGACAGGCACUCCUCCAGUGCUUCGCCGAAGAACUAGUGAGCGAGGAUACGUGGGUGACCUGGACGAUGAAAUGGUACCGAGAUGAAGUUACAGAAGACUUCCAAUGCGACAUACUCGGAUGGAUCUACAAAUACUACCGGAAAGAUAUCCCCGAACAUGGCAUCAUCAGACAAGCACUGUGUCUCAUUUGGCUUGUUAGUCUGCUGGUCAAUAAAUUUAUGGUGGACCGCGCGGACGCUGCCAUUCUGGAGGAGUCAAUGCACUUCAAACGGACCGAGGCGCAGAAGAAUUUGGAUGCGAUUCCCGACAAGAUCAACCGGUUUCUCAAGGGGCUGAUCCUCCCCAUGGCCAUUGCAUGUGCAAAGCUUGUGACCGAGGCACUUCACAACCAGUUAUUCAAAAUGGCCUCCAGCGCAAGCUUUGGUGUGGCCGAGACCGACAUUGUCAUGUGCCUCUUAUUUGUCCUGAUGAUGUUUGUGGGCGAACAGCAGGCAACCGUGUUGUUGCUCGCUGACGUCCCAGACGAAGAGAGUAACCUCAGUUUCGACCUUGAAAUGGCAAAGCAGAAGGUCCUGAAGAUGGAACAGGAUGUGGUGGAUUUGUGGAUAUCAUUCCAUCGGUACACGUUGAGCCGUGGGCCUACGACGGAAGCGACAGGUAACACACCAGUGUCGGCCUCACCCUCAUCAUCAUCGAUGCAUAGCCUUGAGGGGGCAUCAGCGGCAGAAAUUCACGCUCGAGAGUUCAAGUUGGUCCAGGAGAUUCGGAAAGUCCAAGACGAAUACGGUAUGUGCAUGCCGCCCAAUCUAGAUUUGGUGUCACUCCUACUCAGCAAGAACCAACAACAACGAAGAUGUUCCCAGGCUGAUCGGAAGCUGUUUUCAGUCCAACACCGUCCAAGUGAUCUAGAUCUCGGCGGAGCAGCCACAAACCACGGCUUCGUCCUUGACGGGUUCCGGGCACUGAACGUUGCGAGACUAUGCUGGAAAGUUUGGGCAAAUGUAGCCGAAGUGAAUGGGCCAUGAUGACACGAAUACUGAUCGGCAGAAUAUUCAUACGCAAAUAUGACGUAUACCAAUAGUGCCAAGGCACGUAUAGCAAGUUGAAUAGUAUCUUGCUAACAACUGUUGAAGAGAUUUGAG